GAAAGACUUUAAAGCAGGCCUCCGCCUCCAGAAGAUUUCCCUCGCUCCAUUAAUUCUUCAACCCCCCACACCACCCCUCUCUCCGGAUGGCCAUACUGAUGGCCGGAACCCUAGGUUUACCGCUGUUCGUGGCGGAGAUAGCGUCAGGAGGGGAGGGGCUGGACUACUGGAUGCGGUGGCAGGUGCUCCCCUGCGCUUUGAUCAUCGUGGCGCCGGCGGCCGCGGGGGUGGCCGUGGUCGUGAGAUCAAGGGGGGAGCCCCUGAGAGCCGUGAAUCUUUGGGUCCCGUGCUGGAGAAAGGUGCACCCUCUCUGGCUUCUGGGGUACCGGGGACUCGUGUUCUUGACCAUGUCCUGGUUGCUCUACCGUAUGAUUGUUCUUUACGGGCGUGGCAUCUCCGUUUUCUACUUCUAUACUCAGUGGACGUUUACAUUGGUCAUCGUCUAUUUUGCAAUUGCCACCUUGAUUUCUGCUCAUGGGUGUUGGAUUUAUUCAAAACAACAAAUCAGUGAAAGUGAGGAGGCCAAUGGAUUCCUUAAAAGAGAUUUUGAACAGAAUAGACAUGCAACCCUAACAUUCAGAAAGAACAGAAACAUGGAUGCAGUAAGAUUGCAAAGCCAUCAUGAUCAAGAAGUGACUGAGAAAAGAGCUGGAUUCUGGGGAUACAUGAUGCAAAUUGUCUAUCAGACUAGCGCAGGUGCCGCAUUGCUGACAGAUGUUGUGUUUUGGGGUCUUCUAGUACCAUUUCUAUCUUCAGAACAUUUCAGCCUGAAUCUGCUAAUGGGUUGCAUGCAUUCUCUUAACGCCAUCUUUCUUCUCCUUGAUACUGCCCUCAACAAUCUGCCUUUUCCUGCAUUCCGAAUGGCAUAUUUUGUUCUGUGGAGCUGUAUCUAUGUAACUUUUCAGUGGGUCCUGCAUGCUUGUGGUUUUUCUUGGUGGCCUUACCCUUUUCUUGAGCUAGGAACUCCUUGGGCUCCUCUGUGGUAUUUCUGUAUGGCAUUGAUUCAUAUUCCAUGUUAUGCCUUCUACUGGUUGAUUGUAAAAGCAAAAGACACAUUCUUGCGAAAGGUUUUUCCUGAUGCGUUUGUAACGUCAUCCUAGUAUCAAAACAGUAUAUAUUAUGUCAGAAGAUCGCAUCAUAUCAGAGGACUGGUUCAUAGUAUUGCAGUAUACAGAUUUUUCGCCCAGACAUCGAAGCGAUUCUUGUACUGCUUCUUGUUUCUAUAUCCUUGGUAAACUUGGGUACAUACGAUGAAACUUAUAGCAAUAAGCAGUGUACUGUAAGAUCCAAAACAGUAAGGUGUUUAUCAUGUUCCUCUUUAUGUUUUGAUA